AUGGAGCUGGUGAAGAUUCUAACAAUCUUCACUUGCGUUGACUUGUCAAACAACAGAUUCCAAGGGGAGAUCCCAGUGGUAAUAGGGAACCUCACAUCACUCCAUAUUCUCAACUUGUCACACAAUGCUCUCAUAGGACAAAUACCUUCAUCCAUGGGGAACUUAAUACAGCUAGAGUCAUUAGACCUCUCACAGAACCAGCUGAGUGGAGAGAUGAUACCAGGAGACGAUCAAUUUCUGACGUUUACAGAAGCUUCAUUCAAAGGAAAUGAGGGAUUAUGUGGGCUGCCACUGUCAACAAAAUGCACUGAUGCUAAAGGGAAUCCUCUGUCGACAUUUCAACACACGGAACCUGAAUCUUUUCUUGCAAUUGAUAUGAUGUUCAUGUGGAAUGGACUGAUGGUGGGCUUUGGAUUGGGAGCUGGAAUGGUUAUAAGUUUCCUCUUGUUCUCCGUGAAAGAUAGGAAAUGGUUGUUUUCUCCUCACUUCCUCAGAAGUGAUUUUGUUAUAACUGUACUCCAAGAAGCACUGUAG